AUGGCCACCUUUCGAAGCGAAUUCGUCGAGACAGGUCAGCCGGGUGUAUGCAUCCACGUGUCGCUGUCCGAGACGACGUCGCCGGCCCCGUCCGAGUCGGCACCGACCGUGGUCUUUCUGCACUUCUGGGGAGGCUCGACGCGUACCUGGACCAGCGUGCCUGCUCGCGUCGCUGCCGCCGCCGCGGGCUACCGCACGGCCAGCAUCGACUUUCGGGGCUGGGGCUUGUCGACAGGCCCCGCGGAUGCCGCCGCCUAUUCCAUCGCGCAGCUCGCCGACGACGUGGUGUCCGUGCUGACCAAACUCAACCUGCAGCGCCGCCGCGUCGUGCUCGUCGGCGUGUCCAUGGGGGCCAAGGUCGCGCAGGUGGUGGCCUACCGGCUGAUCGCCAAGGACCCAACAUCCGUCGCAGCCGUCAUCCUGGCGAGUCCCGCCCCGGCCACGGCUCUGCAGCUGCCCAAAGACAUGCGGGAACAGCAACUGCAUGCCUACGACACGCCCGAAUCGGCGUCGUUGGUCGCCCGCAACGUGCUGACGCAAGCGUUCCAAGGCGCCAACGAAGGCAAGCCUUUGCCCGGCUUCGUUGUGGAGGACAUGCUGCGGGGCAACCCCCCGGCCCGGGCGGCGUGGCCGGCGUACGCCAUGGGCGAGGACGUGACGGCGACGUCCUUGAGCAGCCUGGCCGCGCCGCCGCCACCGGUGCUCGUGCUGGCGGCCGAAAUGGACAUUGUGGAACCACUGGACCGCGUGAAGUCUGGCGUGCUCGCGUGCAUCCCCGGAGCCCGGCUUGAGGUGGUAGCCGGGGCAGGCCACCUGUCGUCCAUUGAUGCUCCAGAAGCAGUGGCCGACGCCAUCGUUCGGUUUGUAAACACGGCAACGAGGCAAGCUGCGGUCUGA